AUGGUACCGAAAGUCGUGGCAGACGUCUUGAAACGGAACGAAUCGGUGGUGACCCAGAACUACAACUCUGUGACGAUCCUGUUCUGCGACAUCCAGGGCUUCACCAAGGUGUACGCCUACAGCUACCCGGAGAAGGUCAUUCAAAUGCUCAACUCCAUCUACUCGCGUUUCGACAACAUUGUCGCCAAGUACAACACCUACAGGGUCGAUUCCAUCGGCGACAUCUUCAUUAUCGUGUCAGGCGCUCCUGAGCCGAAUGGAAACCAUGCAGCAGAUAUCUGCAACCUGGCGCUGGAUCUGGUCACGGCAAACAAUGAACUGGAACUCGUAUAUCUCCCAGGCAACCAGCUCAAAGUCAGGACAGGAAUUCACACAGGUACGCCUAUUGGAAUAUAA